GUAGUUUCUAAAUUUUUAGUUGAGAUCUUUUCUUUGUUUAUAAAUUGUGUACUCACUUCGAUGCAAGCGUUUGUUCAUGCUGUGCUCUCUCUGCGCUAUCAAGAUUCGGGCCAUGCUGUAAAUAAAAAUGUCUAGAAUCAGUGUAUCAUGGCAAGAGGACCUCUACCUCCCUGUUUAUUUAAUUACCAUGAUGGCUUUAUCGGUAAACAAGCCUGCAAGAAAUUGUCGAACAAUUCCACUCAACCGGUGAUGAAGAUUUUUAUCUUGUUCAAUUAUGUUUAUUUCGGUUGUCUCGCUGCAUUGUUUUUAUAUGAUGUUUUAUUUUACAAGAUUUUUUCCUUCGGUCGAUUUGUUUUUACAAAUUGCUUCAAGAAGUGCCCAGCGUGUGAUGACUUGAAAGAUGCGAAAAAAGUGAAACGCAGAAUUUCUUUCUCACUACCCGCCCCUGAAGAGCAUCCAUCUCAACAAAGAGUGUCUGAAUCGGACCAACGAAAUACCUCCAACCUCAAUGAGGAGAGUGAUCUCCACGUAAAUGGUGCAUCGGAAAUCCCCGGACCAGUAGAGGAUCCGCACAUCCAAUUUCUCACAAACUGGUCGAGGAAUGGAGUAGAAAACGCGGGAACAAGAUGGUUUCAGGGCGCGAGAAGUCAGCAACCACCUAAAUCAGAAUUCGUGAGAACUCAACCUCUUCGACCUCCGAGCAGUGAGCACGCGUUCAAAGAAGAACGCCGAGGAUACGAGUUUCUUCCUCAGUAUAGAAACAACUGGCAAAGCGGUUACGAGUACCCGCUCAGGGAGCAAAGAAUUGAGACGGACCGUGCGGAGAACCUUCGUUGCGCUCAGCAGUCUUUUAGAGGCGGCUACGCGGGGGCUAGAAACCUCGAAUGUCACCAGACAGCUAGAACCAAAUGCGUCGACCCGGGAGCCUUUGGAAACGGGUGUCUAACAACCGGAGACCCCCGAGUUUACCGUCAGAAUUUCAAGAGAUUCUCCUACGUUCCAAGUCGUAAGGAGGCCGAAACUUCAGAUGCUUACGACUGCGCCAGUUACGAUCGCACCGGUAACGAUCGAACCGGUAACGGCUGCUCCAGUUACGAUCGCACCGGUAACGACUGCGCCAGUUUCACCUCCAGGGGUGGUAGCCCGGAAACUGAGCGUCUCGCAAGCCGGUUGACCUCCGGGUCAGAGGGCGGACGGCUCAGGAGCGAUGACCGGUGUUCGGAGAGUCCGAUUCGUCCGGUGAUGCGAGAGGUUGACCUCAACCUUUUGCCCAGAUUCGUGCGAAAUAUCCUCAAAAAAAGCACGGAGGCGAAUGAAGAAGCGGUUCCUGGUGAAUGCGAAACUAACCAGAAAGCAGGGGAAGUCGCCGCGGAGGAGGACCGUUCACAGGGUUGCCCUGGCGAAUUGAACCAGGAGCACUAGGAGCAGUUUUUAGCGCUCUCAGAGACCGUAAGACGUUACCCAUCCUGAUAGUUUCGUUGAGACUUAGUCAAUUAAGUCUCCGAAUCCUGCGUGUUCUGUCUCGCUACAUUUAAGCCUCAGGAGUACAAAUAUU